UGCACUUAAUUGCAUGUGUGGCUGUCAAUGGGUACCUGACGAAUCCAACCCAAUGUUAAUACAUCUGGGUCUCAUUUAUGGGACCCAUUAAGCAAUUGGGAUUGGGAGGUAACCCAUUCACUGCCAUGUUCUCUUUUACCUAGACAUUGUUUGGCAUGUUCUCUUUAUCCCAUCCAAGCUUUUCCUCUUAUUUAUUUUAUCUUUUAUUAACAUCAAUUGUAGAAUCAGAGUCCACCUCAAGGCUUGGGAGGUAACCCAUUCACUGCCAUGUUCUCUUUUACCUAGACGUUGUUUGGCAUGCUAGAGCGCAAUAGGACUACUCUAUACAAAUUGAAGUUCUAAGUGACCUGUAUAUUGUAUUUCGUACUUUUACUAGCACAAAUCUGCCAAAGAUCAGUUCUCAUUUGUAAUGAUUACUCCAUUAUGUUUAAUUCAGAAAAUUCUUGUUCAUUGGAGGGCAAUGUUAGUUUAUUUUGACUUGUUUUUCCAAUACAUGUUUGCUUAUCUAUGAGCUGGAACUUGCAUUGAAGAGUUUGGCAUGAUGUUAAUCCCAAGAGCUUUGCUUGGUUCACAUGAAGUACAUGUGACCACAAAUAUAAAUAUGUUGUAUUCCCAUAUAUGUAUAUAAAAUAAGUGGGCUUGCUGUCAAGCUGAGAACUCUUCACAUUUUUUAAAAAAAUAUACCACCUACUUUUUAUUUACUACUGAAGUUUGCCUGUAGUCUUGUGGCACAUGCAUUGUAAGAAUGCUGGCUAUAUUUGAUAAUUCAAUAAUUUUUAGUUGCAGGGCAUUAAAGAAACGUUGGAGCAUAGUCAAGGAACCACUCCAUAUACUUUUAGCAAUGGAAAAUCAGAUUAUGCUGAAUUUGAGAUUGUAGAUGCACAUCAAAACUUUUCUGCUGAACUAAAGCUAAAGAAUUUUGUAGGUUUCUACUCUAGAUUGAAAGACGAAGCACGAUUUUUCAUGCUUGACCAUCUUGAUGAUCUCAAGCCAAUGGAGAUAUAUGUGGAUGAUGAGGCCAAGUUGACCCUGCAUGGUCUCGUACAACACUGCAUUAAACUGAGUGAGUUGGAGAAAAACCGCAAGUUGAAUGACCUCCUAGAUGCAUCGAAUUUUAAUCAAGUCAUCAUUUUCGUUAAAAGUGUGAGCACAGCAGCUGAGCUGAACAAGGUACUCGUGGAGUGUAAUUUCCCAUCUAUCUGCAUCCAUUCUGGAAUGUCCCAAGAGGAAAGGGGGAGCGUGAGGCGUACUAAUGGGAAAAAAAAAAGUUGCUUUCUUGCCCGUGAAUACUCUACUUUCUCGUUUGUACUUUUGACUGAUAUGUAAUAUUUUUUCCUUAUGCAUUUGUAUUUGUGUUAUGAUGUAUCGCACAUGGAAACAUGUCAUGUAUGGUUUCUAGAUCCACUUGUGGUGGGGCAUAUGGGUGACACAUGUAUAACCCGGAUCACCCUAGUAGUGUGGCACUAUAUUUUUAAAAUUUUUGAAUCAAUGUAAUUCCGCCGUUGAUAGCAAUCAA